AUGUCCAAACUCCGCGCCAAGCAAACACGGCUGCGAAAUUUGAUGACAUCAUUCAACGUAAUCUACGCAUUCAUGGAGCAUUAUGAAGACACCAGGCAUUGCAGUGAGCUGGCUUCGCGGUUGGAGAAGUUAGAGCCACUGUGGGAGAAGAUAGACGAAGCUAUGACGGAGACGGAAUUAGCCGACAGUGAGGAAGGAGCGGCAGGAGAGAGGUACGUUAAGGAACGAGUGGACUUCCAGAAUAAAUUCUUUAUCCUUAAAGGAUUCUUGGUCUCUAAAAUUCGGGAUAGCCCCGAGCAUAACUGUGCCCUGCAAACAUCUCAGGUUUUGGAGUCCCCUUUUGCACCCCCGCACCCGCAUGUUAAGCUGCCUUUGAUUAGUCUUCCCAAGUUUUCUGGCAACGUGGAGGAGUGGUUGUCUUUUCGCGAUUUGUUCAUCUCAUUGAUACAUUUCUCGACGGACUUGCCGGACAUCGAAAAAUUCCACUAUCUUAGAAGUCAGUUGGAAGGGGAGGCGUUAGCAGUAAUAGCGUCAUUACCACUUACGCAGGCUAACUACACUGUGGCUUGGGAAUUACUGGUCAAACGUCAUGCGGAAAGAAUCAGCAGUGCACUGCACAAAUUGGUUGAAGGUUUCGAGAAAGCUACCAAGGUCCUAGAUCAGGUGGUGCAGCCAGGCGAUUACAAGGAUCUACUGCUGAUUCAUCUGAUGUGUUCAAGGCUGGAUGAUAAAACGCGGCGAAGCUGGGAAGAACAUGCGUCGACUUUGGAGGAGGAAGGCUUCAAGGAUUUGAUGGAGUUUUUGCUUCGACGCAUCAGGGUGUUGGAUUCUUUACCAAGUAGGCAAUCGGAUACCCAACCCCCAAUGGUUAAAAAGGUUUAUUCAUCUAAGGUCGCUAGCCAUGGAGCAGUCCAAUCGACUCAAUCAAAAUGUUUCUCUUGUUCCGACACGCAUCCACUUUUCACGUGUCCAGUUUUCGGUAAAUUGGCCGUCAUCGAAAGGGAAAAACUGCUGCGGCAACAUUCGUUGUGUAGGAACUGUUUCCGGAAAGGGCAUCAGGCGAAGGAAUGUUCAUCCAAGUUUUCGUGUCGACGAUGUAAGGAACGGCACCAUACCUUGGUUUGCUACAAGGAGGAGAAACCCAAUACUCAGCACACAAAUGGGACUGAAAAUCAAUCCAAAGAGGGAAGGGGUCAUAACUCCACUGAAAGGGUAUCUACAGCUAAUGCCGCGGAAGUCACAUCGGUUAGCAGUAAUAUCGGGCGGUCGGGAUCGAAGGUACUUCUAGCUACAGCAGUAGUUCGCGUGGUCGACGAUUAUGGGCACGAGUUUCAUGCGAGAGCGCUCUUGGAUUCCGGAUCGGAGUGCAAUAUUAUCUCCACCCAACUUUCGCAGAAACUGCGUGUCAAGAGAACUAGGGCAGAUAUACAAAUAACAGGUAUUGGACAGGUUCCAACGAAGACCAGGGAGAAAGUCCGAGCAACAGUCAAGUCGAGGUUAACAGACUAUUCCGAGACCUUGGAGUUUUAUGUACUGACUAAAGUGACCGAAGAUUUGCCCACAUCAGCCAUCACUGUGAACAACUUGGAGUUACCUGCUGGAAUUCAGUUAGCAGACCCGGAGUUUUUCAAAACUCACACCAUCGAUUUACUUCUUGGUGGGGAGUUCUUUUUCGAUUUCUUCCCGACGAAACAACGAAUUGCCCUUGGCGAACAUAUGCCUUCACUCGUUGAUUCGGUAUUCGGAUGGUUGAUGACUGGUCGUUGUGGUUUGAGUCAAGGUGGGGCAUUAACGGUUUGUCAGCAUACGGCAGUUUCAGAGGCGAUCGAGGAUCUCAUGAACAAAUUUUGGGAGUGUGAAAAGGGGCAUCUUUGCUCGAACUAUUCGGUUGAGGAAACCAGGUGCGAAGAAUAUUUCUCUAAGACAGUAAAGCGAAAGGAGGACGGUCGAUAUUUAGUUGGUUUACCAAAAUCUCAGGAUGGCUUGGCUAAACUGGGUGAGUCAAGAUCUACGGCUUUCCGACGUCUGAUGUUGCUCGAACGGCGACUGGCACGAGAUGAGGCGUUAAAGAAAGAGUACCAUACGUUUAUCUCCGAUUACAAGGAUCGUGGACAUUUAAGGAAGGUUGCUGAAGAACAUCCCGGGGCUAUUACUAGCUAUUAUCUUCCGCAUCACCCGGUAAUAAAGGAUUCAAGUACAACAACCCGCGUCAGAGUGAUUUUUGACGCAUCCAGCAAAUCGUCCACAGGAGUGGCUCUGAAUGACGUACUUCUGAAUGGGCCAGUUAUCCAGGAUGAUUUGCGCACAAUUAUCAUGCGAAGCCGACAGUAUCCAAUUAUUCUAAUCGCAGAUGUUGAGAAGAUGUUUCGGCAAAUUUUGAUGGAUCCCGAAGAUUUGUCGUUACAAAGGAUUCUUUGGCGCUUUUCACCAGACCAACCGAUAGAAACAUACGAAUUGUUGACCGUUACUUACGGUACGAAACCAGCUCCCUUCUUAGCCACUAGAACCUUGAAGCAGUUGUCUAUCGACGAAGCGGCCACCUUUCCUCUGGCGGCUGAACGGAUUGCUAAGGACGUCUACAUGGAUGAUGUUAUCACUGGAGCAAACGACGUGGAGGAGGCAAAGAUCAUCCGAAGUGAACUUGAUGGAUUGCUGCGAACGGGAGGAUUUCGGUUACGCAAAUGGGUUUCGAACAAUGAAGACGCUCUUGUAGGUGUCGCUGAAAAUAAUCUGGCUCUUCCUUUCGAGAACGAUGUCGAUUUUGAUGCCGAACGAACGGUGAAAACUUUGGAUUUGGUUUGGGAGCCUCGUACGGAUACAUUCAGAUUUAAGAUCCAAUUCGAGGAGGUUCAGUCGGUUGCGCUUACUAAACGGAAGGUGCUUUCCUGUAUCGCGAAGGUGUUUGAUCCAUUGGGGCUAGUCGGACCCGUCGUAACGAAGGCGAAGAUGUUUAUGCAGCAAAUUUGGGAGCUUAAGGAUACAGCACAGAAGGUAUUAGGCUGGGACGAUAAUCUGCCGUCAUCGUUAGUAGACUCUUGGACGGAUUUCUAUGCUCAAUUCCCCAAUUUAAAUGAAAUUCGUAUUCCUCGAUUCGUUGCCUGUCCCAAUGCGAUUUCGUUUCAACUACACUCAUUCUCGGAUGCAUCGGAAAAGGCGUACGGUGCCUGCAUUUAUUUGCGUUCUGAAGACAGCAAAGGACAAGUCACGGCGUCGCUCAUCUCGUCCAAAUCUCGAGUUGCACCACUCAAGCGUCAGACGAUUCCCCGGUUAGAGCUGUGUGGAGCACAGCUGGCGGUAGAACUGCAUCAGAAGGUGACGAAGUCUCUCAACCUGACAUGUGAAUCGUUUUUUUGGACGGAUUCCAAAACGGUUCUACAAUGGCUCGCACAGCCACCGAAUACCUGGACGACAACUGUCAUUGGAGGCAUGUACCAGGGAUUCAGAAUCCAGCGGAUCAACUCUCCCGUGGGUUAG